AUGCCUCCGCGCAUUUCAGUCCAGCCCUCUUUGAAGGCUUUCACCGGAUCGUCUUAUGGAUAUAACCCAUUGACCGCGGCCAACACUUCUAUUCGCGCUGCAUCCAGCAAGGCUCAAGUUCGGAGGAAACAUGAUCCUUUCUUGAUGGCUCAGGCGCGUCAACGCAAAGCCGCCAAUGUUUCUCGCCAAAAAGUCCUUGCGGUGGAACGGGAAUCCUCGUUGGGCGACCCCGUGAAGAGCCGGCCGACACCCUUUAUACAAGAGGUCACAGCAAUCCAUACCGAAUCGCACAUUCCCUCCACCUUGAACGCAGACCUCAACUAUUACCUGAACUCCAAUGAGCUGGAUGCCGCCCUGGGGUUCUCUAAGGACUUGACAGAACCUCUUCAGGCCGUCGACCGCGACACUGCCGAUCCUCAAGCCGAGAAGGACGCACUUGCCGCUCACAAAGAAGCUCACCAAAAUGCCCAAGAAGCGAUCAAGCGAAUUGUGAACCUUAACAAUGGAAACACCAAGGACCGGGUGCGUCUCAACAUCAUGAAGUGCAUCGAGACAUUCGGAAGACAUUACACAGACUCGGUUCUACCACCAAAGCCUUCGGCCGUGGCUCAUGAGUCUGCUCCUGUUCACCCGGAGCGGGCACCUCGCGUGGGACCCGAUACCGGUUCUCCAGAGGUCCAAGCAGCGAUCUUGACUGUGAAGAUCAUGAACCUGUCCCGACACCUCGAGUCCGCCAACAAAGACAAGCACAACAAGCGCAACAUGCAACUACUCAUUCACAAGCGACAGAAGUUGUUGCAGUAUAUCCGCAAAAAGGAGCGGGGAGGACCCCGUUGGCAAAACCUAAUGGAAACAUUGGGACUGUCUGAUGCUGCCUGGAAGGGAGAGAUUGCUCUAUAA